UGAUACCCCUCCGUCGGAAGAGCGGGGCCGAUCGGAAAAGGUGGCUCUUAUCAGUUGAUCAUUUCCCGUCUCCAUCGUCAUCAUCUGCAAGACACCGCUCGUUGAAGACACUCGCUACCUGUGAUACGCUUGAACGAUAACUGGAGAAUUGAAAUCAUGGCGAACGAUAAACCGUAUAAACCUGCGCUCAUUAUAGUAGACUUUCAAGAAGACUUCUGCCCGCCUUCCGGCUCCCUCGCCGUCCCUUCAGGCCGCACAAUCGCCUCCCCAAUAAACCACCUAACAACCCUCCCCUUCCCCCUCAUCCUCGCAACAAAAGACUUCCACCCAUCCUCCCACAUAUCCUUUGCCUCAAACCACGCCUCCUCAACACCCUACACAUCAACCACAACAAUCCAGCACCCUGAUGACCCUUCCCAGAGCUACACGACAACUUUAUGGCCAACGCACUGCGUCCAAGGCACGCCGGGCUGUGAGCUGGUACCGGAGCUAGAUGUCUCGCGUGUUCAUGCUGUUAUUGAAAAGGGCCAGGAUGAGCGCGUGGAGAUGUAUAGUGCGUUUUAUGAUCCGUUUAGGGUGAGUGAUAGUGGACUCGCGGGCAUGUUGAGUGAACAGGGUGUUACGGAUGUUUUUGUGGUUGGAUUGGCAGCUGACUUUUGCGUCAAAGCCACGGCGGAGGAUGCGCUGCAGGAGGGAUAUACCACCUGGAUUGUUAAUGAAGGGACAAAGCCUGUCAUGCCUGAUAAGUGGGAGGAGUGCAAGAGAUGCAUGGAGGACAAGGGCAUCAAGUUCACGUCCAUUGAUGGAGAUGUAGUGGCGAGAGUAAAGGCAUAUGCAUGAUUUAACAAAAAAAUGAUUAAAAUUGAAUUGCGAAGUGGCACUUUAA